AUGACCAUGGGCGCCCAGGUAAGCGGGGAUCGCCAGCCCUCCGAAAUGCAGCUGGUCGGGCGGCUGGCUCUCUCGGCCGCAGCCCUCCUCCUGCUGACGUUGCUGUAUAGAUACUACAAGUCUCGGGUACCUGCUGGCGCCAUCGGGAGCCGUGGCUGCGGAAAAGCCGGCACUGGCCGAGACGCGGCACAAGAAGCGCCCCCGGGCGGCACGGCGGUGGAGAGGGGGGCCGCGCCAGGGCAGCCGGGCAGCCAGCUCGUCCGACGGAAGGCAGCGGGGCCAGCGGGCCGAGCAGAGGGCCGGCCAGCGGGUGGGCUGGCCACCGCGGAGACGCCUGGGCCAUGCGGCACACCUGUUGGCAGAGAGCGGAGGGAGGAGGCGGCGCAGGCGAAAGCGGGAGAGGCCAUGAGUCACCCAAGGACUGGGCGGCUGCCGGAAGAUCACGGCUCGGCACCAGAGGGAACGGAAGUGGAAGUGGAAGCGGGGGCACCACUGGCCGCCUGCAGCGACGGAGACGGCGUGUGGGUCAGCGACGGCACCCCUGCCAUGGCGUCGGGGGGCAGGCGGCCCUCCCCGGGGCUGCCGUGCCACGGGGGGAGCAGCUGCGGUCCCGGCGGAGGCCCCGAGGGGCUGAGCCAGGAGGCUGAGGAGGCCGGUGCUGGAUCCUGCCCGGUGCCCCCCGAAAAGCGAGCUGGCCAAGACACGCCCCCAGGAGGCGAGCGAGGGCCUUCCUUCGGAGGCGAGCGAGGCCGGCCGCCCGCAGACUACGGCCAAGGCCGUGCGGCCCCAAGGCAAGCCUCUCCCGUCCAAGUGCUCCAUGCCACCUCCAGCGUGGGCGCCGUGACGCGCCAGAGCGGUGGGCACUCCCUCGCCACACACACCUUCUGCUCCAUCGCCGAGGUCCACGUGGCGGAGGGCUUCGUCCAGGACAGGGGGGCCGCGGACGGGCCCGGCCUGCGGGGCAAAAUCUACGACUACUACGCGCAAUCCGUCUCCCGGGCAGAGGUGCAGGAGAGCCCCCCCUGCGCCCCCCCGGUGCCCAGCGUGCCCAGCAGUGGCCCCGAGGCCCCCCCGGGUCCCGCCACAGAGGAGGGGCAGGCUGCGGCGGCCGAGGGCCCGGGCCCCUCUCCGGAGACGCCGCUCCACCUCACGCAGGGGGAGUCGAGCCCCGCGCAAGCAGAAGCCCCGAGCCGGGAUCCCGCCGGAGGAAACCAGCCGCAGCAGCCGCCGGGCGCACGGGGCGGCCUCAGCCGGAAGGAGAGCUUCCGCGAGAUCGCGGAGAACCCGGAGCUCCAGGUGCCCAUGGACGGCUUCGGCUCCCCGGCCCCCGAGGAGCCCGGCCGGGCCCCCCGCCUGCCCCAGGCCAGCCCCGCCUCUGCCCUGGCGGCCUCCGUCCGGAGCAGCGCCGCCGAGCAGCCCACGGUGGAGCGUGUGGCCGGCGCCGAGUUCUUCCGCAUCCCGCUCAGCCCCGCCGCCUCGCUGGACAUGCACGUGGACCUGGGCAACUGCUGCGAGCUGCUCUGCCUGGCCAAGGAGCGGGGGCUGGAGCGCCUGCGCGAGGCGGCCUACCGGGUCAUGAGCGACAACUACCUGCAGGUGCUCAGGACCCCCGCCAUCUACGGCCGCCUCAACGCCGCGGAGAGGGACCUGAUCCUGCAGCGGAGGAUGCGGGGCCGGCCCUGCGUGGCCGUGGCGGAGGUCAGCGCGCGGGCGCGGGGGCCCCACGCCAGCCGGCUGUGCGUCUACGACGACCAGAGCGACGCCUGGCGCCUGCUGACGCACCUGCCGCUCGAGGCCGCCUCCACGGGCUCGGCCGCCUGCGCCAUGUUCAACUACCUCUUCGUGGCGGCCGGCUGCACGGGGCACGGGGCGAGCCAGCGGCCCUCCCGGCGGGUCUUCUGCUACAACCCCUGCACCCGCGUCUGGCGGGAGCUCUGCCCGCUGAACCAGGCCCGGCCCCACUGCAAGCUGCUCGCGCUGGACGGCUGCCUCUACGCCAUCGGCGGCGAGUGCCUGCACACGGUGGAGCGCUACGACCCCCGCCUGGACCGCUGGGCCUUCGCCGCGCCCCUGCCCAGCGACGCCUUCGCCGUGGCCCACACCGCCACCGCCUGCGCCGGGGAGAUCUACGCCACAGGGGGCACGCUGCGCUACAAGCUGCUGCGCUACUCCGGCCAGGGGGGCGCCUGGAAGGUCAGCCUCACCGGGGGCAGCCGGGACCGGACGGCCGAGAUGGUGACUGCCGGCGGCUUCAUCUACCGCUUCGACCUGAACCGCAGCCGGGGCAUCGCCGUGUACCGCUGCAGCGCCCGGGCGAAGCUCUGGUACGAGUGCGCCACCCACCCGGCGCCCGUCCCGGCCGCCUUCCGGUGCGCCGUCGUGGGCAACCUGGUCCACUGCAUCGGCCCGCAGCUGCACCUCCGCUUCCUGGCCGACCCCGUCUCGCCGCGCUUCGGGAGCAAGGAGCUGCAGAGGUUUCCCUCCCCGCGGGGGGCGCUGCUGCCCCUGGCCCUGGUGCUGCCCGACACGUGCCACGGGGGGGCGGUGCAGACGCGGGUCUGA